CUUCGAUUCACAUCAUCAUCAUCCCCUCCUCCAAUCCAUCUGUACAGUAAUACCCUCUCGCACGUUGCGAUCCUUUCCCCCUCAAUCCAUUCCUUCAUCCUAAUUCGGUCAAUGGCUUCGUCGCGGAUCAUCUAAACCUCCCCGGAUCGUCUUCCCUACCUCUCCCCCGGGCACCAUGCUUGUCCUCUCAUGUCCCUUCACCACGCCAUUGAACGGACCUCCGCAGUCUCGCAUCCAACAACAUUCGCCCGCCCGUUUCUCACCUUUCUGUACCCUGCUCUGCUCAACGAACCCCCCCGGCGAUGCUUCUCCAAGAGCUCCGUGACCCGCUCCCCUCGCCUUCCACGCGCCUCGAAGCAGCCAAAAAGGACCAGCACCGACGACGACGGCGGCAGCAGCUUCUUCAUACACGCAUUGACCCGCGCGGCAUCGUGUCCCAAACACGCAUAUCAUUUAUCACCAACCAAAAAGGCUCCCUGGCUCCAGGUGCCGCGCGGAGGGCGGAGACACCAAUCGACAUGGAACAAGGACGGAAACGAUGACGACGACUUCGCGCCUGUGCCGCAGGAACAGAGAAAGAAGAGGGAAAAGUACAAAUUCAAAGGUCCCAUCAAGAGAGUCAAGGAGUUUGCCAAGGCGGAGCUCCAGGCGUUGGUCGACUACUACGGCCCUGGAUUCGAGUCACUGCCCGAAGAGGUCAACGAGGACAAUUCGCUAUUGAUAUGGAAUGUGGGCGAUGAUCACCAACCGUGGCCCUUCAAAAAUGACCAAGAUAUAGAGACGGUCCGGCAUUUGCAGGUGUUGCUCAAGGACGAGCAUACGUGCCACGAUCAAAUCUACAAGACGUACAAAAUGCUGCCCGCCCCCGGCGUCGUCUACCUUACCAUCGAAACGAUCCGCCAAUUGCUGCACCACCUCUCUGUCGUUGAUCGCCCCACUCCCACCGCCAUGCAGCGUUUCCUCUCCGUCCUCGACGACAUGAAGACGGCCCACAUACACAUCACCCGCUCUGAAUGGACCUCGGCCAUCUACUUCGCUGGCCGCUUCAUGGGCACCGUCCAUACCGAACAGGUCCAAGACGCCCUGCGACUGUGGCGCGACAUGGAGAAGCGCGCAGGCAUCCGGGGAGGUAUCGUGACGAUGAAUGUCUUGUUUGACAUCGCCGUGCGUGCCGGCAAAUAUGCCCUCGCCGAAACCUUUCUGCAAGAAAUAAAAACACGCAACAUCCGCUUCCACCGCCAUUUCCGCGUCUCGCUCAUUUACUACUACGGCGUCAUGCAAAAUAGCGAUGCCGUCCGCCAAACUUACCAUGACCUCGUCGCAGCCGGCGAACCCGUCGACACCGUCGUCCUCAACGCCGUCAUCGCCGCCCUUCUACGCGCCGGCGAACCUUCAGCCGCCGACCACGUCUUCGAACGCAUGAAGCGUCUCGACGCCUCCAAGAAUGCCCUGUUCUCCCCUGACGCCCCAUUCACCAGGCUUCCCUUCAACACCCGCAUCUGGCGCGGCCGCCGCGCCCUCGGCAUCCACCUCACCACCCGCUCGCGCCAGCUCGCGCGGUCCUACGCCUCGGAUGAAGAAAUCAAAGAACUUCAAGACCAGGCCCCCGUUGCCCCAGACUCGCGCACAUACUCGCUCCUCAUCCGCCACGCCGCCCGCGUCGUCGGCGACAUUGACCGCGUCAUCGCCCUCCUCCGCGAAAUGGGAUACAACGGCGUCCCCGUCGAAGGCGUGACCUUCAUCGUCAUCUUCCACGGCUUCUGCUCCUUCGGCGGCGUGCGGUAUUCCUCGUGGACCCGCGCGAAACUCGAGCAGAGCUGGACCGAGUACCUCGAUGCCGUCUCCCAAGGGCUGGAGCGCACGUGGGUUAGUCGCAUGGCUGUUGUCAGCGCGCUCAAGGCUUUUCGGAAAUGUGGCGCCGAUAAGGCGAGGCUGAUGCAGGUUUGGCGCGAAGCUAGGGAGGUUUGGAAACCAGAUGAUGAGGAGGCUGAGGCGGUGCUUAGGGUGCUUGGGGGGUUGGUUAGGGAGAGUGAUGGUGGUGAUGGUGCGAGGAUGUAG